UCUCCAGACCCACAAGUUACUGAUUAACCCUAGGUUUCAAGAAGAGAAAUAAUAAUAACUAGAGAGAAGACGUAAGACGAGACACAACCUGAGCAGCCCCGGGAGAGGGGUGCCAGACGGCUGCUGUCACCAGGCGCCUGCCGAGAAGGACAAGGGGACGUCCAGCCUGAGGUCAGACGGCAGCCAGGUCCUAGCGGCGCUGGCUGACCGCCCCCCCGCCCCCCCGGUCAAUGCCGAGGCCCCCAGCUGCCACGUCCCGCUGACUCCGUGCCCAGAAUGGCCUGCGCCGAGCCCCAGCGCGUCUCCACAGGAGCCACCGCCACGGAGGCCACAGGCCCUGCUAGGGCUUAUCUUGGCUCCACGGAUGGCGACCUCGAGUGUCUGGUGUGCCGGGAGCCCUACAGCUAUGCCCGGCCACCCAAGCUGCUGGCCUGCCAGCAUCCCUUCUGUGCCGUCUGCCUGAAGCUCCUGCUGUGUAUCCAGAACGACGCCUGGUCCGUCACCUGCCCACUGUGCCGCCAGGCCACCACCGUCCCUGGGGGCCUCAUCUGCAGCCUGCGUGACCAGGAGGCCGUGGCGGGGCGGCUGGUCUGGCCGGAGGUGCGGCUCUGUCCUCAGGGACUGGCGGAUUCCGCCACCUCGACGGCCAGGCACCCCGGCUGGGUGGCAGAGGAAGGGCAGGACGUGGCAAGUGUUAACCGCGUGGCGGCCCGGCGCCUGGCGGCACACCUGCUCCUACUGGCCUUGCUCGUCGCCCUCAUCCUGCCCUUCUUCUACCCGGGCAUCCUCCGGUGGGUGCUCGCCGUCAUUAUCACCUUGGCCCUGCUGAUGCCCUCCCUCUUCUGCUGUCACCGGAGCAGCCGGGGCAGCUGCUGGCCUCCCCACGGGGCGCUUUUCUGCAGAGAACAGAAACACAGCGAGAUCGCUUCCAUCGCCUGAGUGCGCUCCGGGCGGGCGGCGCCUGCGGACUCUUGGGCCCCAUCAGGCUCACGGCGAACGGGGUCAGGGGCUACGAACUAAGGCUGGUUCCCUCGGGGGAUUAAAUGCCAGCUGGACUUGCAAGCCAAAGCCGGAGGGCUGGGUUGGGUCAGGAACUACGUGCCUGGAUGAUAGACUUCUGUCUGUUUGGGGUGGGGGAGGAGGCCCAUACCACUUGGCCACAAGGGGCCUCCUGUUCCUCGGACGCUAAUGCUCCUGGUUUUCCUUCAGAUGCCUUGAUGAGGUUAUUGCAAAAACAAACAGAACCAAGACCCCCUUUUUUUGCAGUUUACGUGCCUGGUUUGAUUUUCUCGCUUUGUCUGGUCUUUGGCGUUUGGGGCAGUUUGUUCGGAUUUGUGGCCGUCACACGUUUUUCCUCGUGGGAAGUCGGAGCCCACGGGAAGUCCUCCUGGGCUGCCCACCCCAUGCCCAUCCAUCUCAACAAAGGGCCCGGUGGCUUCGGUGUCCCCGUGAUCGCCCCCAGGGAUGGAGGGGGAGAAUUUGUGUGCGGGAGCGGUUCUGGGGUGGCCGGGGGUCCCACGUUUAGUUGGCAGAGUUGGGGAGGCGGGGAGAGGAUGCAGGGGAAUCCAGGAAUUGCUCCCAGCAGCCCCACCAGGUUUCCCAGCCCCGGGUCAUUGGGCUCUGGCUUAACAGAGAAUCUCGGGGUUACAAGGACUAACGGUGCCCACCCCCCAAACAGCAGACCCCACUGCCCAGCAGAUGCACGGUCUCAUGCUACAGAACCAACUCUGUACGGGUGUUGCUUUCCCGGUUUAUUGCAUUUCAAUUCCUGUCUGAGUUUUUGUCAUAAAGAUAAGAUGCCCCAUAAAUGCAACGGUCCUUGACAAUAACUCCACCUUUCCCGCCCGCCCUGACAGUGCCGGUUAUCGGAAAGGCUGCUCUGGGACACAAAGGAGGCUUCUGCUGGAGGGAGACGUCUCAGCCAGAGGGGACCCUUGGGGGUGCCGGUGAGUGGAGGGCGGGAGAUGAUACCUUGUUUCCUUCCAAAGGC